UCUUGAUUGGUUGUGUUGCAGGUGCAUGUGACUAGGGGUCGUGUGCUGUGGGUUUAGGAACAUGGCAAUGGGGAGAUAUUCUCGUGUAGACGGGAAGAAGUCAUCGGGAUAUGGCUUAACCAUUACCAUUGUUUUGAUUGUUUCUCUUUGUUUGGUUGGUGCUUGGAUGUUCAUGUCUUCAUGGUCUGCCCCAACUGAGUCUAUUGACUUCUCUUCAAGCGAGACUUCCAAAGAUGUAGAAACCACUACUAAGAGUGAUUUCAAAAGUGAAGAAGUUGAUCGAGGUUCCAAGAGUUUUUCGGAUGAAAAGAACGAGGAACCUGAGGUCGUCACGGAGAGCAACGAAGAGAAGCCUGAUCCUGAGAAAUCUGGUGAGGAGACCUCUGGUGAGAAAACGGAGUCAGUUGAGGAAAAAAAGGAAUUUGAUGACAAAAAUGGUGAUGGGGAUAGAAAAGAUGGACAGGGUGAGAAAGAUACGGAAUCAGAAAGUGAUGAAGCCAAGCAAAAAGANCUGCUUCAGCAUAGAAAUUGGACUUAA